GCCUUCGCCUUGAAUUUUCAACCUUUAUUUUCCCCUUUUAGUCUCUCUCUCCUCCGCCUCUCUCUCUAAGCUAAAAAGCGAAGGGGGAAAAAAGGAAAGCCUGAUCCCCUCUGCAAAUAAACCCUUCUUUUUGCAUCGUCUUCUCGAAUCAUCAACUCUUCGCUUCAAGCAAUCGAGGAGCUUCUGUCGUUGUCAUUCAAAUUCCGGCCUCGAUGUGGCGGUCGUGGAGCAAAUCGAUGGUUCAGAUUCCUGAUAAGACCUCGCAGUCCUCUUCCUUCUCUUGCUCCUCUUUCAAAGACGUUCAAGAACUUUUCGCUGAAGAAACCGCUAAACCUACCUCCAGAAAGGCCUCAAUCGUCUUCCAUCGAGUCCGAUUUGUUAAUUCCUUGCUCAAAGCAUGGUCUAAUGCUCCGCCGGAUGGUCAAUCGCAGCGUCGGUUUCAGUCUGAGCCUGAACCGGUUCUCAAAUUACUAGACCCUAAAUCGACUAAACCGACGCAGGUUCCGACGCGAUCCGAGGCUGUACCGCUUUUGGACAAACAAAUUUUGGUUUACUUCACGAGCCUACGCGUUAUCCGGUCUACUUUUGAAGACUGCCGGACCGUCCGCUCGAUUCUGCGAGGUUUCCGCGUUUCGGUCGAUGAACGAGAUCUGUCGAUGGAUUCGGGAUUUGUGUCGGAGUUACAUCAACUAAUCGGUAGAAGGAAGGUGGCCUUGCCGGCGGUUUUCAUCGGUGGCAAAUAUAUCGGCGGGGCGGAGGAAGUCAGAGAGCUACAUGAGAUCGGUGAGCUGAAGAAGCUGAUAGAUGGGUUGCCGACGGCGGAUUACGGCGUGUGUGAGGUCUGCGGCGGCUUCAGGUUCAUUCUGUGUGAAGAGUGCAAUGGAAGCCACAAAUUGUUCUCGGAGAAAAGUGGAUUCAAGAUGUGUACGGUUUGCAACGAGAACGGUCUGAUCAGGUGCCAUUCUUGCUCUUCUGCUAUAUUUUGAAUCAUUCUGAUCCCUUCUCUUCCCAAAAUUUAAAGAAAGAAAACAAAAAAAAAAAAAAAAUGUAAGAAAUCAUCCCCUUAAAAGGAAUGAGAAAACAAAAAGAAAAAACUAAUUUCGAUUGACUAAUUGUUCAUUAGUUUUUCUUUUCUUGGAUCAGUUCUUAACAUUUUUGUAUCUAAAAAGUAGCUUAUAACGAGUUUAGCUUCUUCUUCUUCUU